GGAGGAGAGGGAGAGGAAGAGGAGAGGGAGAGAGAAAGAGAGGAGAGAAGGAGAGGGGAGGAGAGGGAGAGGAAGGGAGAGGGAGAGAGAAAGAGAGGAGAGAAGGAGAGGGGAGGAGAGGGAGAGGAAGAGGGAGAGGGAGAGGGAAGAGGAGAGGGAGAGGGGGAGGAGAGGGAGAGGAAGAGGGAGAGGAAGAGGAGAGGAGAGGGAGAGGAAGAGGGGAGAGAGGGAGAGGAAGAAGAGGGAGAGGGAGAGGGAGAGGAGAGGGAGAGGGGAGGAGAGGAGAGAAGAGGAAGAGGGAGAGGAGAGGAAGAGGGGAGGAGAGGGAGAGGAAGAGGAGAGGGAGAGGAAGAGGAGAGGGAAGGAAGAGGAGAGGGGGAGAGAAAGAGAGGAGAGAAGGAGAGGGGAGGAGAGGGAGAGGAAGAGGAGAGGGAGAGGGAGGAGAGGGAGAGGGAGGGAGAGGGAGAGGAGAGGGGAGGGGAGGAGGGAGAGGAAGAGGGGAGGAGAGGGAGAGGAAGAGGAGAGGGAGAGGAGAGGAGAGGGAGAGGAAGAGGAGAGGGAGAGGGGAGGAGAGGGAGAGGAAGAGGAGAGGGAGAGGAAGGAGAGGGAGAGGAAGAGGAGAGGGAGAGGGGAGGAGAGGGAGAGGAAGAGGAGAGGGAGAGGAAGAGGGGAGGAGAGGGAGAGGAAGAGGGGAGGAGAGGGAGAGGAAGAGGAAGAGGAGAGGGAGAGGGAGAGGAAGAGGGAGGGAGAGGAAGAGGAGAGGGAGAGGAGAGGGGAGGAGAGGGAGAGGAAGAGGAGAGGAAGAGGAGAGGGAGAGGAAGAGGAGAGGGAGAGGGGAGGAGAGAAGGAGAGGAGAGGAGAGGGAGAGGAAGAGGAGAGGGAGAGGAAGAGGAGGGGAAGGGAGGAGAGGGAGAGGAAGAGGGAGGGAGAGGGGGGAGAGGGAGAGGAAGAGGAGAGGGAGAGGGGGAGGGAGAGGAAGAGGGAGGGAGAGGAAGAGGAGAGGGAGAGGAAGAGGAGAGGGGAGAGGAAGAAGGAGAGGGAGAGGAGAGGGGAGGAGAGGGAGAGGAAGAGGAGAGGAAGAGGAGAGGGAGAGGAAGAGGAGAGGGAGAGGGGAGGAGAGAAGGAGAGGAGAGGGAGGGAGGAAGAGGAGAGGGAGAGGAAGAGGAGAGGGAGAAGGGAGGAGAGGGAGAGGAAGAGGAGAGGGAGAGGGGAGGAGAGGGAUCUCAGAAAGACCCCAUGCUACUGGAGAAGAUCAUGAAUGUUCUGGACUCCAACAAAGACACGGAGGUGGACUUCAAUGAGUAA